AUGUUGCAAAUUGAACAAAAUAACUUGCUUAUACAAAAAACCCUCACUGAGAGAUUAUUUCCUCAAACAGAUUCAUUAAAAUCGUUAGACCGUAUUAUAACAGAUUUUGACUUUACCACUUAUCACAUUAGUACUUUACCCGAUGAUAAAUCCAAGUUACUCUUGUCAUUAAAUGUGAAAUGUUGGAAUGAUUUAGUUUCAUACAAUGUCGAAGAGUAUUUACAACUGAAGUACUCAAUUUACAAAAACUUGACCAUAUUACCUUCAAACCAAGCUGAAACAGGCUAUAAUUAUUCAGUUGUAUUGGAUACUGCAUCAUCUGCUGCUUCCGAUGAUGAAGACACCAAGUUGCGUUUGAUUGAUGAUUUAAGUUUAUUAAAGCGUAACGCUAUGGCAGCGGCAUUCCACAAAGCAUUUGACCGAUACGACGAAUUACUGGCCAAACAUAGUAAUUCAAAUACAUACUCGGAAGAAAUCCAACAAGAGUUGGCCAACGAGCCAGUGUUGGUGAUCAAAUAUCGUGGUGUUGAUGAAACGAUAUAUUUGAAACCGUCAUUUGACAGAGUAACGGUGAUUUUUUCAACCAUGUUUCAAGAUGAGACCGAUAAAGUGUUUGGUAAAGUGUUUUUGCAAGAGUUUGUUGAUGCUAGGAAAAGGUCAGUUCAAACUGCACCUCAAGUGUUGUACAGUCAGCUGGAACCUCCAUUGGAUAUUGCUCGGUACGUUCAGGGUGGUAAGCAGGACUCUGAAAACAAAGGGUACGUUACGUUUGUUUUGUUCCCAAGGCACUUGGUGAAAGGUGACAAACGUGAGAAUUGUAUUUCUCAUAUUGAAAUGUUUAGGAGUUAUUUCCAUUACCAUAUCAAAUGUUCAAAAGCAUUUAUGCACUCGAGAAUGAGGUUUAGAGUCAAGGAAUUCCUCAAAAUCUUGAACAGAGCCAAGCCGGAGAAUUUGGAUGAUGAAGGUAAAGUUAUCGAAAACAGAAAGACAGCAAGUGGUAGAAGGUUUGAUAUUAAAGCUUGA